UAAAAUUUCGACAACACUGGUAACGUCACGCGUUCGUUUAGCGAAAUGUUGACAAUCUGUUGCUCAUCACUAGCUAAUCAAGCGCAACAUACAAAUUUUCAAUGCGCAAUCGAGAUGGAGGAGGAAAACAUAAAAUUAAGCGUUGUGGAAAACAAAUUACUGGUCAGAACUCGAUUAGACAGGCAUUUGGUAGCGGAAGGAGGAAGAAAUCGGUCCUUUGGGGCAAAGUACUGGACAAAAUUAAAACCGAUGCCCCAGAUCUUAGCGCUACAAGAGAUCAGUUGCAACGAAAAUUUUUAAAUAAAAUUCCAUUUUUUAAAUAACACGUUCGACGCAAAAUAAAGUAUGCAAUAUUGCUGCACACUAUUAGCUGAGUAUCAGCAACAAAGUAUCAAUAAAGCAACAGGGUUGCAGUAUUGCGGUAAUUAUUGAGCGGCUCGAACACACUCAUAUUUUACAUGCAUCAUUUUAUUGUGAACUUAGCUUAAGCUUGUAUUAUCUGAUUUGAUGAAAAAUGCAACUCUAAAUAAAAGGGGGAUUCUUUGAUUUCCACUUGAAUGGUGAACACGCGUUUUAUUUAAAGUAGAAAUCUAUAUCAAUCACUAUAAAUAAAGUGAAAACCGGGCGUUUUAUAACUCAGGUGUGGGGUCAACCGCACUUCCCAUUGGAAAAUACUAAUAUCUAUCUAAUAAUCAAAAUGGUUAACCCGAGACAGGAUUUAGCGAAUGCCCUCAGUGAAGCAGGAGUGAAAUUCCCACCAUCAGCUACAACACAACAGUUGCGCAACCUUCUGCAGAGCGGAGUAGGAACUGGAGAAAAUGCCUCGAACUCUACUCUUGAAAACGUUGCCGAUUCUGACAGUAAUAAUGCUGUCAACAAUGAAAAUGCCGCUGCCGCCAACAUGGAAAAUGAUAUUAUCACAACACAACAGUUGCACAACCCUCUUCAGAGCGUAGUGGGAGUUGAAACAAACGCCUUGAACUCCACAAUUCUGUUCGAUUGUACUGCCGCUGCCGCCAAUAAUCAAAAACUACUACUACAGAUGACGACUCCGAUACUGCUGACGCCGCCAUUGCCGCUACCGCCGCCACCACAAACACUGCCGGAGAGAUGAAUAAGGGCCAGCAAGCCAUGCCAACGCUUCGUGACUUAGACGAAGUGAUCAUAGCUUUGAAGAAAAUAAUCGAAAUUCUAACACUGAGGAAACGGGAUGAAGAACUUAAGUGCCGAGUCCCCAAAGAAAACCUGCGCCGUUUAGAUUUCGGAGAUAUCGAGCACGCUCUCCCAAAGUUCAACGGUGAUGACGUGUCAUACUGAGUUCUCCACUUUUUACGCGAUUUCGAAGAGAUUAUGAAUACAUCAGGAGCAGACGAUAGCCUCACACUACUAGCACUUCGCCGUUCGUUAAAAGGAACGGCACGAGUCUUCUUGUAAACCACAACCGCAUUAAAUUACGACGCUUUAAAGACGGCAUUGACAGUCGAGUUUGGAAAAGCAAUCACGCGGCAGGAAAUUUACAAAAUGUUAGCGCAGCGUAAGUGGAAGAAAAAAGACGAGUCGAUCCACUGCUACAUAUUGCACAUGCAAGCUUUGGCAAAACGAGCCAAUAUCGAUGAAACUGAGCUCAUGGACUUCAUCAUCGAUGGUAUGGGGAACUCAGUCCCAAAUAUUCAACUCUUGAUGAUGGCACGCAGUAUCGAAGAUUUGAAAACGUUGGUGAACCGCUAUCAACAAAAAUUUACGCCGGCCAACGUCACAGGUGUUCGAAGCAAGCAGCCCAAUACAACAAACGCAAAACAACCAUCAACAACAAACAUUGAGCGGCGAACAGCAAAGCCGAAAGCAGACUCAACUCUAUGUUUUAAUUGCUCGCGAUAUGGGCACAUGAAACCUAAUUGCCCAUACCCACUACGACCUGACGGAUCCUGCUUCCGCUGUUGGCCAUGACCUCUGUUCCUGCCCGAAUCCAGCUAAAGUUUUAAAAUCACGGGAUGACGUGGCAUUUAUUGAAGUUGAAGCAGAUUACGAGGGCGGCGCUAUUGGCGCAUUUAAUUUUUAACUGGACUGCUUCAGCUUCAUAAAAGCGCCACUCGUGCCAAAAGAUCUGGUAGGAGAGCAGUCCAAUGGAAACAUAUCCUAUUAUAAAGGCAUUGGUGGAACAAAUUUCCUAAAAAAAAAAGUGAAAUGUAAAAUACAAUUUUUAAAUAAAUCAAACGAAG